AUGGACGGUCUGAUUUAUGCUUACUAUGCGCCACGACCGCCAAACCAACAGCAACAACAGAUUUCGACUAAUGCACUGAACCGUGUUGCCUCCCAUUCAUCUGCCGACAGGAAGAGGAACACCAGUUUCGAUAUCACUACUCACGAGAACAUUGCUGGACUGGAGCGCACGAGAUCGAUCGAUCGGAACAAGCUCUCCACGACUACAAGUGGAGCGACGUUGGUGGAGCAGUAUGGAGGCAUGGAGACCACGCGAGUCAACACUAGCUCUACUUCUUCCAUACAUUCCGAGGCAAGCCAUGCUGAGCUACUGAGCCGACCUUAUGAGCUAAGACAUGGUCGACGAUAUCUACGCGACCUCCCAUAUCCGCUGCCAGUAGACUUGCCGGAGCUACAACGACAGAACCUUCGAACACUGCUGGGAUGUCGAGUCUUUGGCCGGGCCAUCUGUUCACCCAAUGUCGCCAAGAAAGUGCCACGGAAAGUCCUAGAGCUGGGCUGUGGGAGUGGGUACUGGUCGUCCAUGUGCCAUGACUACUUCAGCUCCCACGGAUUCGAUGAGGUGUCCUUUACCGGUGUCGACGUUGCUCCGCUCGCCCCGAACCUCAACAAGCAAGGCAUGAAGUGGACGUUUGUGCAACAUGAUAUGCGCCGACUUCCACUUCCUUUCGAUGACGAAGAGUUUGACCUGAUCAUGUUGAAAGAUUUGAGUCUUGUCCUGACCGUCGGCGGGGCCUUUCAGAAGUUCCUGGACGAUGCUAUACGGAUGCUCUCCGUAGGCGGCACGCUGGAGAUCUGGGAGUCGGAUCAUGUCCUACGCUCACUGCUCCCGCACCCACCACAGCCGAACGCGAAACAACCCCACAACCAGAAGAUUGCCGACCAGACCGCCACGUUCCUCAUCGCACCUGGCACGCCGUUCGCGCCCGCGCAGAACAAAUAUCUCCAGCACGCCAAUACCUGGAUAACAGAAGCACUAGAUCUUCGAAAGCUAUCGCCCACACCAUGCGCCCGAAUCUCCCAGGUCCUCUACCAAGAAACCGAAACCCUCGACGACAUAGGCAUCCGACGCGUAGCCAUCCCGCUAGGAGAACUCCGCUGGGAACGCGAAGCCCAAAAGCAGCAUUCCCGCACAGCGAGUGAAGUCGUUGAUAAAGGCAAAGGCAAGAUGGGAAGAAGUCAACGUCUCACUCAGGACCAGCUAGCGCUGCGGCAGACGGCAUUAUUGACCGUGCUGCAAAUGAUCGAGUCCCUGGAGCCGAUCUUGAGGGAAGCCAGUGGGAAGAACUCGGAGGAGUGGAGUGCGUGGUGGUUGUCCAUGAUGGGCGACCUGCUUGAUCCCGCUCGAGAUACGCUGAGAGGCGAGUGUCUCGAGGUCGGGGCUUGGUGGGCCACGAAGAAGUUGGCGACUGAUUGA